ACAUCAGGAGUAUCAGGUGCUUGCUGUAAGGAAGCAGUUGGCCUGAGCUCUGUCUGGAGGUUUCUACAGGUGGAGAUAAUCUCAUAUGACUCCCUGGUUAAGUCUGUAAUGCUGGGAGUGCUGUGCAAGGCAAGCUGGGGAAAUCCAAAUCCGAAGGAAGGCAGUGAUACUUGGGAUCUUGGCAAGUACCACAUGCAGGCCUCUAAGAAAGCCUCUUGGCUUUGCCAGAUUGGUAAUGCAUGUUGUUCAGAACCUGGAAAUCAGUAUUAUCUGAAAGAAUUGGUGAAAAGUGUUGGAGUGCUCUGUGCAUAUGCUGCCAACCAGCAUUUAACUAACCAAGUCCGAGGAGCAAAGAAACUGGUUAACAGUAAUUUUAAAGAUCUGAAAAUUUUCCUUAACGACACUCCAGCGCAAAUUGACUACUUGGUGAGCCAGUACAACACAACUAAGGAUAAAGCACUCUCUGACCUAAAUAAUGUUGGACCUUUGCUUGGAAGUAGAGUUCAAGAACAGCUGGGAAAAGAAGUGCGUCCCGCGCUUGAUGCAGCUCUGACAAUGGCAGGAGCCAUCAGAGAAACAAAGGAAGCACUGGAAAAUGUGAGCGUCUCUGUAGAGGUUUUGCAGGAGGGAACAGAGAGGCUUCAUUCAAACUUGACAGAUGUUAAAGUGCACCUAAGCAACACCCUCAAUGAUUCUGCUUGCUCUGCGGCUCAGGCUGCCUCGACUUGCAAUAUCAUCAGGAAUUCAUUAAAUCAGCUGAACAUCAAUGCCAAUUUUAGUGGAUUGCCAGGAGUGAGCUCACAGCUUGCCAAGGUCAAUGAUGUCCUUAAAAUAGACCUCUCUAGUCUGGUUCAAAAGGGUUAUGCAGCAUUUAAUGAUACUCCAGACUUAGUGGUGAAUCAAACCAGGAACAUUUUAUCAGCUGUUCCCUAUAUCAAAAAUGUGCUGGAAUCUAUCGGUUCAAAUAUCACUACCUUCACAAAAACACUCCCUGUUCAGAAGAUCUUAGCAGAUUUGACAGUAUAUCUUACACAGAGCGAAGCAUACGUUCAAGAUUAUUUUCCAGUAGUGGAGCAGUAUGAUUUCUACAGGUGGCUGGGUUGUCUCAUUCUGUGUUGCAUGGUGGUCCUGAUUCUGGUCUUUUACUAUCUUGGCCUGCUGUGUGGCACUUGUGGUUAUGAUAAACAUGCUUCUCCAACAACCAGAGGCUGCAUCUCCAACACCGGAGGAAACUUUCUUAUGGCUGGUGUUGGAUUCAGUUUUCUUUUCUCCUGGGUGCUGAUGAUUGUGGUGGUGCUCACUUUUAUCACAGGUGGAAAUGUCGAAAAACUGGUCUGUGAGCCCUUUGAAGAUAAAACUUUAUUUAAGGUUUUGGAUACUCCCUACUUACUAAACCAACACUGGAAAAACUAUCUUUCUGGCAUCCUGUUUAAAAAUCCUAAUAUUAACUUGACUUUUGAGAAAGUGUACAG